GCUACGAAAACGGUGCGGCACACUCACCAAGUACACACACACACACACACACACACUCAUAGAUAGACAAGCAGCAACGAUAUAUACAUAAACGGGCGGAGGCAUCGAGAGCUGUGCAAGUCCCAAGUACUAGUCGCGAUUAUACAAUUAUUAGGCAACAAGCAGGAAACAUGAGCAGUGCCGUCCAAGUCAACGCUACCAGUGCCAGCAAUGGCCAUUCCUUGCAGGAGGAGUGCGCCGCCGCCAGCAACAGCACCUCCGGCACGGCAGCGGCGGCAACGGCACCAGCGACCCCGGCGAUCCCGGCGAGCGACAGCAACACCGAACAGCUAAAGAUUUUGGGCCAGCUGAGCAGCAUCGAGCAAAUCAACGAGCAGCGACGCAUCUUCCUCAAAAGCACCAUCAACGAGAUCCAGGAGGAGGCCAGCAACGAGGCGGAAUCGUUGCCCGAAAUGCGCAAGCCGCCGCCCAACAGUCUGGCGCUGAACGUGAAAUACGCGACGCUGCCGUCCCCGUCAUUGGUCACAUCGACGCUGGUCCGUUCGCCGCUGUCGCCGCCACCCAAGCCGCCCAUGUUGAGUCGUACGCGCAGCACCGGCUCCGGCGAUGGACGCACGCCGUCGUCCAAUGGGGAUGUGGCCCUACUGCGGCACAGCGUUACGGAGACGGCCGUCGCAGCAGCUGCACCAGUUGCGGAAACAACAAAAGCAACUGAAACUGCAACAACAACAACAACAACAGCAACGAGCGCCGAGCAGUCGAGCCCAACGCCAGCAACCAUAUCGGCAAAGCACUACGAGAGCCUGAUCGAGGAGCUGCGCUGUCCCGGCUGUGCGGGCCCCAUGAAGGCACCGGUACUCCUCUGCAAGAGCGGGCACAGCGUGUGCGAGCAGUGCACCCGCAUUCUGCUCAUGUGUCCGCUGUGUAAGGAGGGAUUCACCAAUUCGCGCUCGCUGACAAUCGAGGCAUUGUGCGCCAAGGCGCAUUUUGGCUGCAGCUUUGCGGCGGGCGGCUGUGGGGUAAGGAUGCCGGUGGCGCUGCUGCCGUGGCAUGAGCAGCAGUGCAUCUAUAAGCCGAUGAGGUGCUUCAUGGGACGCGUCUGGGGUGAUUGCAAGUGGCAGGGCAGGGAGGUGCAGUGGAAGCAGCAUCUGGAGGAGCAGCACACGGACAAGCUGUUCCGUGCCGCCAGCGCGGAUAUUGUCUGGAAUAUGGCCGUGCGACGCAAGCCCCUCACGGGCUACUAUGUGUUCCAGGCGCACGAUGAGAUGUUCAACUUUUACGAGAUAUACGACAAGCAGCGCGUCCUCUUCACCAUGACAUGCACUUCCAAUUGGCGCGAGAGCAAGUACAACUAUGCCUACGAAGUGACGCUGCUGCAGCCGGACAACGAGGCGCUAUCGUUGACCCAGAAGUUUCCAGUGCACAGCGAAUACGACAGGGAUAUUCUAUUGGAGGGCACCUGUGUCAGCAUUGGCCUCACCGAGCUGGCGCGCUUCGUUGACGACGAGAAGCUGCUGCAUUAUCGGGUGAACGUUAUGGCGGUCAAGUCGCCGCGCCGCCUCAAGCCCGUGCGCCAGAGUCUGCCGCAGCCACUCGACUAUAAGCAGACGAAGCAUGUCGGCGUCAAUGGCAAAAGCGUGCCCGCCAGCAUGAUCAUAACGAGAACCUACAAGGAGGCACUUGGCGAGGUGGCACCAGCAGCAACUACGCCGGACACACCGGACUCCGAGGAGAACGGUGGCGCGGUCUUUGAGAUGGAACGCAAGUGGGGUACACCACAGUUGCACUUCAAUCGCAAGUAUUUGAAGAGCACGCCCAGCGACGAUCCCAAGAAUCCCGAUACGAAAGAGGACGAACUGCGGCCGCUCCAUGGUGCCACGCGCUCCAGCACUGGGGCCCACGAGGACAAGCUCUCCCUGUGCAGUAACAGCACCAGCUAUACCAAAAAGGUGUCCGACUCGCUGCGUCGAAGCUUCCGUUCGCUGAAAACCGACUUGAUUGAGCUGCGACCCUUUGCCAAGAAGAAGACAACGCCAAAGACGUCCACAGCAGCAACAGCAACAGCAACAACAGCGACAGCGUCUACAAAAGAACAAUAGGGCUCCCAGAUCCGUUCGAUA